AUGGACGGAUCAACUGCCACGUUUCUGGCGAUCCUUGUACUUGCGUUCGUGUUAUUGAAAUGGUUCAUGCAAUCGGAACAUCAUCCGUCAGCGCAGCGGGCCGCGGCGGAGAGUGCGAGCACGACCAGUGCAACGACGCGUAGAAACGCAAACACUGUGCGUAGAAGGCCCAGAAGAGCGGUUAACGACGAUAUGAUCGAAGUAGUGCAGAGUCUUGCACCAGCGUUAGAUCGGGAACAAGUGCGGUACAGUUUGGAAAAAACUGGUUCCGUGGAGGAAACCGUUGAACAAUUUUUAAGAGGUGAUGAGUUCCCGUUCCCACCUGGUUACAGUUCCGAGUCUGCACAAGAAGUCACAGGCAGCUCUGACGCGAGAGACGCACGUGAGACGCUCGAGACGGAUCCCAAAAAGAGGAGUAACAUAAGGCCCGACAAUUUAUUGGAAAAAUACCAGGUUGACCCUUCUGAGGAUCUGAGCGCGCUCAAUUCUGCCGACGCGUCCGUCGAGGACCGUAAACGGUAUCUAGUGUGGCAGUCGUACCAUAACCUGGAAGAAAAGCUCAAAGACGACCAAGAUUUGCGGUCUUUGAUCAAUAAAUGA